GAAAUGAAACGUGCCAGCAGCAAAACUCAGAUGAGUUUGUGGAAGGCCUUCGAAAGCAGUAGGCUGGCAGAGGGCGAGCAGGAUGCUCAGCUCGUGGAUCAUGGACGGAGGCAAAUGUACGAAACACUACAAACAAGCAAUUCAGACGUUUACCCUUUCAGCACCUUGGCCAAGUCCGGGAUCAAAUGGCUGUGGGUCUCCAAGACCGAAGCCGAGCGCCGCAUAGGAGCACAGGAGCUUCAGGAUAGGGAAUCCGAGGAGCUGUCCACGGAGAAGUGUCAAACCCGUCGAGGAAUGACGGAGGCAAGCUCCACUAAGGACGAGAUGUUGAUGUGGAAGAAGGGGAUGAAGGACAAUCUCCAGGUGGAAGACUUCGACUUCGAAGACGGCACCCAGGAGGAGGACGAGGACGAGGACCCGCUAGGACUAGCAACGAACAAGAGGACGAAAAAGGGCCAAGAGGAAGGAAAGGAAGAAAAGAAGAAUAAGUGGGAAGUCGAAUCCCAG